AUGGCCGCUUCGUACCCGCCGCUCGCCGAGCGCGAGAUCAAGAACACCAUCUGCCUGUUCGAUGUCGACGGCACGCUCACGCCGGCGCGGUUGUCCGCCUCCCCCGAGAUGCUCGACCUCCUCGCGCGGCUCCGCCAAAAAGUCGCCAUCGGCUUCGUGGGCGGCAGCGACCUGGCCAAGCAGCAGGAGCAGCUGGGCAGCGCGGACGUCAACGUGACGUCGCUGUUCGACUUCUGCUUCGCCGAGAACGGGCUGACGGCGUUCCGGCUGGGCGAGCCGCUGCCGUCCAACAGCUUCAUCCGCUGGAUCGGCGAGGAGCAGUACAAGGAGCUGGUCCGCUUCAUCCUGCACUACCUGGCCGACCUCGAGAUCCCCAUCAAGCGCGGCACCUUCGUCGAGUUCCGCAACGGCAUGAUCAACGUGUCGCCCAUCGGCCGCAACGCGUCGGUGCAGGAGCGCCUCGAGUUCGAGGCGUACGACAAGCAGCACGGCGUGCGCAAGGCCUUUGUCGAGAAGCUGCGGGAGCGGUUCGGCCACCUGGGGCUGACCUUCGCAAUCGGCGGCCAAAUCUCCUUCGACGUGUUCCCGAACGGCUGGGACAAGACGUACUGCCUGCAGCACGUGGAGAACGAGGCGAAGCGGCCGGACGGCGUGCGCUACACGACGAUCCACUUCUUCGGCGACAAGACGUUCGAGGGCGGCAACGACUACGAGAUCUACACCGACAGCCGGACCAUCGGGCACUCGGUCACGGGGCCCGAGGACACCAUGGCCCAGCUCAAGAAGCUGUUCGAUCUGGAGUAA